AUGCCUGCUCCGAUCGAGGACCAUCCGUUCGAUCCGCGUCAGGACCAGCUGCAGGCCGUGGGCAAAGCCUUCGAUGCCCUCCUACUAACCCUCUACCGACUUACCAAUAGACACAAUGACCUCAAACAGCACUCCGAGGAUGUCUUCAAACAGGUAAUUACUCCUUUCUUCUUUGUUUUCGUUACCCCUUUCCCUUUCACCACCCUCCCCCAGUCUCACAUGAUGAGAAAUUAG